AUGUGCAAGAAUGUGAAGGGCGUGACAUGGGAGACGGAGGCGUUGAUGGGUGGACAGGCAAAGCCGUCCAGGUGGGAGCGCUUCUGUCCCAGGUCGGCCCUUUCCCACAUUGGACUGUUCUUCGCUCUGAUGCUGUACACUGCCGGUGGCGGAUUGGUGUUCCGGGCGUUGGAAUUUCCCGCAGAAAUAGCCAAGCAGGAGUAUCACAGGGAUCGCCUUCUUUCGGAACGCUGGAAUCUUAUACGGAUUGUAGCCGAUUACGGUAUGAAUGGAACGGAAUACGUUAGCAUGGAAAAAUUAAUCAGUGACCAAUUAGCAAUUUACGAAAAGAUACUUGAAGAAGCGUCUUCCGGUGGCUUGGCUUUAGAAGUAGAGCGAAAUUUUCCACCAUCAGAAGAGAGGUGGAGUAUAUUGCAAGCCGUUUUCUUCUCUUCAACGGUGCUCACCACUAUAGGAUAUGGAAAUAUAGUUCCUGAAACGUUUUGGGGCAGACUGUUUUGUAUAGCAUACGCUCUUGUUGGGAUACCGUUAACGCUGACAGUUAUUGCAGACUUGGGGAGGGUAUUCGCGACAGUUGUCUCUAUAAUCGCAAAACAGUUGCCUGCAAUGCCAAAAUGCUGCAGUCGCGUCGCAGAAGUGAACCCUGCUAGCCAACGCUCCCUGUACGCUUUGUGGGCAGUGUGUUUUCUAUUCGUCUACUUAUCCGCCGGGGCGGCGCUAUUCAAGAUGUGGGAGGACGAUUGGACCUUUUACGAUGGUUUCUACUUUUGCUUCAUCACAAUGACCACCAUCGGUUUCGGUGAUCUCGUUCCUAAGAGACCUAAAUACAUGUUGCUGUGCACGCUGUACAUUCUGAUUGGUUUGGCGUUGACGUCGACCAUUAUCGAGCUAGUGCGGAGGCAAUACGCCAGGUCUUGGCAGCAGCUGCGCGCCCUGUCCGGCCCCUUGGCAGACACGCUUAGGAGACUGGGCGACGCCGGCAGGGGAGUCGACGUGUCCGCUCUGCAUAACGAUCUGCGGAAGGUCCUUACGAUUGUGACAAUGCCUAGGUUUAGCAGUGGGAAGGACGCAUUAGGCGACAAGAGACAGCUGGAGUGGGAGGCGGCGGUGGAAGCUGUCAUCAGGGACAUAACCACUCCAAUCCAGAGCCCCCAGAAGCCGCCGAUCGUGCAAAUCGUCAUCUACGAAUCAUCGGUU